GAGGCUCUGCCCUACACUGACUGCAGGCUUCCCUGAUGGAGACCCUCCUGCAAGAGCUUAGCUCAGCUUCCAAGCUCUUAACUGAUUUUAAGGAGAUGUAUGAAUAUGAGAGGCGUUUAAAAACCUUCACCAAGUGGCCCUUCCAGGAGAACUGCAAGUGCACUCCAGAGAAUAUGGCAAAGGCUGGCUUCAUCCAUUGUCCGGGUGAAAGUGAACCAGAUGUGGCAAAAUGUUUCUUUUGCUUGUUAGAACUGGCAGACUGGGAACCAAAUGACGACCCAUGGGAGGAGCACACCAAACGUCACACCUGUGACUUUUUAUCCCUUCCCAAGCACUUUGAUGAGCUGACAAUGGAGGAGUAUUACAUGCUGGAAAUGACUCGGCUGAGGACCUUCAUUUGCAAAGUUGGCAGGUGCACAAUAAACUCUUUUCAAGAAGAAGUCGCGGCAACGAGGCAGAGGCUCGUGGAUUACUUUGGCUCCAAACCCCAGCUCCCGGCACCGCCGCCUCCCGGGGAUGAGCCGGCAGCCCAGCAGCCGGGAGCCUCAGCUGCUGGCCCGAAAGAGCCCAGGACGAGUGGGCUGUGAAGUCUGACUCUAAAAGUCUCUUAAUUUCGUGCAAACAUUCCUCGCUUUGCCUGCUUGCAAAUCUAAAGCUGAAGAGGUGGGUGAGGGGAGUGUUUGUGGAGAAUUGCUCUCAGCCUCCCUGCAUCAGAGGAGGGAGUAGACAGGUAUGGCCUGACUUUCACGAUGUGCUUUUUUGCUACGGCUGGGUGGGCAUCUAAGAGUACUCCCACUAUCCUGCCACUGUAUGAAAAACGUUUAAGCAUAUACUUUUAUUCUAUUUUUUGCAA